AUGCGCCACAUGUCUUUUACUUGCGACGGGAUUCGGCGUUGGGCUUCUUUUUCACUCGCCGUUACUAAGGGAAUCCCGGUUGGUUUUUUCCUCCGCUUAUCGAUAUGCUGCUUAAGUUCAGCGGGUCGUCUCGUCGAGCCGAGGGCGGCGGUGUUUGAACUGCUCGCGGUCGUAAAAGCGACCGCGGUCUUCAAGCGGGGAGACGAGGAACCCUUGAAGCAGCAGGCUCCUCCUGCGACGUCCGGUUUCCUCCGCGUAAAAACGGGCAAUUCUUUCAUGAAGAAAGAACGACGCGGUGGACGACAAGGGAUCUCGAGGCCGCAAUGUGCGUUCGAGGUGUCGAUGUUCACUGAGUCCUGCAAUUCGCAUCAGUUCUCGCGGCUGGCGCGCUCUCUUCAUCGACGGACGAGCCGAGUGAUCCCCCGUCCAGGGUUUUGCUCACCGUACAAUUACGUACGUCAGCAUUGCUUUCAACCUUCUCAGCGUGUUGCUACUUGUGCCAGCGAGUUUGAUCUUUCUCUCUUACAGGCCACUGAGACUUCAACAUCGUAUUCGGCUUCAUCUCUGUCUUUUUGCAUCGUUCUUGCUAACAACCAUCUUUAA